AUGGGCCUUCAUGACUUCACGGCCCACCUAAGACGCGACCUCACAAGAUUGGUCGCAUCCCGGAAAAACCACCGUCACGAUGACCCAGCCGAAAUCGAAGCAGACGAAGUGCGGGAGAAGAUCCGGGAUGAGAACCGAUUCAGGAGUUUCGCGCCGCCGAGGGAUUAUAAUGAUGCCAAGUGGUUUGUCGAUGGUCCGGAUUACUUCUUCGCCCUCUCCCUUGCCUUCGAACGUGCCGAACACACCAUCUACAUCCUCGACUGGUGGUUCUCCCCCGAACUGUUCCUCCGACGUCCAGCGAGUAAGAACGAGGAUUGGCGUAUUGAUCGAUGCUUGAAGAGAGCGGCGGAAAGGGGUGUCAAGAUCUUUAUUAGUGUUUAUAAAGAGGUCACACAGGCAAUGACCCUCUCCUCCGCCCACACCAAACACGCACUCGAAGCCCUCCACCAUAACAUCACCGUCCAACGACACCCUGACCACAACCCACUGGGUAGGGGAUUACCGGGCGGUGAUAUCAUCAUGUAUUGGGCACAUCAUGAGAAAUUGGUUGUGAUUGAUCAUAGCAUAACGUUUAUUGGGGGUCUGGAUCUGUGUUUCGGAAGGUGGGAUUUUCGGCAGCAUCCGUUGUCUGACGUCAACCCGGAAAAUUUGGAGUUGGACUUGUGGCCGGGGCAGGAUUACAAUAAUGCGAGGAUCAUGGACUUUGCUGAGGUUGACAAGUGGGACGAGAAUCGGUUGAGUAAGAUCGAGGCGGCCAGGAUGCCUUGGCAUGAUGUGCAUUGCUCAUUGGUCGGACCUGUAGCUCUGGAUGCUGCACAACAUUUCGUGGAGCGAUGGAACUUCAUCAAACACGACAAAUACCGCCUAGACGAACGCUACCCCUACCUUGACCUCCCGCCUCCGGGCCCCGAUCCAAACGGACAGGAAAUCUUCAUGCACGGCGAACAACAUCCCCACCUCAAAAUUCUCAACGACAAAGCCCACCGUCUAUCCGAACGCUUCCAACACCCCUUCGAACGACACGGCGCGCACAUGAAAACCCGCGCCCAAAUCCUCCGAAGCGCGAGUGACUGGUCUCACGGUGUGCUUACCGAAGAUAGUAUCCAGGAGUGUUAUUGUCGGGUGAUUCGGGAGGCUGAGCAUUUUGUGUAUGCGGAGAACCAGUUCUUUAUUGUUGGGACUGGGCCGGAGAGCAAGCCGGUUGAGAACAUGGUUGGAAGGGCGAUUGUGGAUCGGAUUAUCAGGGCGCAUAGGGAGGGAACGGAGUUUAGGAUGAUGAUCACGAUUCCGGAGAUUCCAGGAUUCGCUGGUGAUUUGAAGCAGGAUGCGGCUGAGGGUACAAGGGCGAUCAUGGAUUUCCAGUACCGGUCGAUCAAUCGAGGGAAUGGACAUUCCAUCAUGGAGCUUCUUGAAGUGGAAGGAAUCAACCCGCACAAGUAUAUCGGCUUCUACAACCUUCGCUCGUUCGAUCGGAUCAAUGCUUCUGGCGCAUUAAGGCAGCAGGAGGAGGCGUCUGGUAUUUCGUAUGCCCAAGCUGAGCACGCGCAUGCACAUGAAGUCAUGAGUGAGGCUAUGGAAGGGAAUACAGGAGCAAAGGGUGAGAACAAGCUCGUCAUGGAUGGCGAGAUCCAGUUUGAGAAGGGUGAGGCUGGGAUGAGGCGGGCGAGCACUAUGCGUGAAGAGUUCGAGAAGCAUGCGGAUAAGGAGCAUGAGAAUAAGAUCAAGAGUUCGAUUGCGGAGGAUGCUUUGCAGAGUGGGAUAAAUAUGAAGGAUGAGCCGUGGGAGGGGGAAGAGGGGAGUCAGGUGAGGAGUUAUGUGACGGAGGAGCUGUAUGUGCAUGCGAAGGUCUUGAUUGCAGAUGAUCGAAAGGUCAUUAUUGGCAGUGCGAACUUGAAUGAUCGAUCGCAGUUGGGUACGCAUGAUAGUGAGAUUGCGGUGUUCAUUGAGGAUGGGGAGAUGAUUGACUCGAGGAUGGCUGGGAAGCAGUACCAAGUCUCCAAGUUCGCUACCACCCUCCGUCGUCAACUAUGGCGAGAGCACCUCGGUCUUCUUCCGCCCGAACAUGUCAUCCGUGAAAGGAGGGACGAGGAACAUGAGAAUGAGGAGAAGUAUAAGAAUAUGCAUCCUCUUCCUCAGCAUAAUCACUAUGACUUCGAUUCGGAGGAAGAUCAUUUGGUGAAGGAUCCGCUUGAUCCGGAUACGCAGGCGUACUGGCAGACGAGGGCCGAGAUCAAUAGGGAGGCGUUCGAGGAGGUGUUCCAUACAAUUCCGACUGAUAAGGUGCGCAAUUGGGCUGACUACGACAAGUACAUGCCCGACCCGGAGAGGAGUCCACUUGGUCAUGUCUUCGAUCCGGACAUCCAUGUUGACAUGGUGAAGAAGCACCUCUCCAAGGUGCGAGGGCACGUUGUGACCAUGCCUUUGACGUUUCUGCAAGACGAAAUGCUGGUGAAGAAGAGCAGGACAUUCAAUGCUUGGACGGAGCCGGUAUACACCUGA